ACCACAGAUUAACAACAUUCUCUUCGGACCAAUUGCUCUCCCCUUCGUCGACACAGACCGCCCCCCUUAGGGCCCGCUAUACUUUUGCAACUCCUCAUCUCUUCACCCGCUCUCCUGUCUCUUUCCUAUGGGAUAAUUUCGUCUUCGCAAUAGUCGGAUCCAGCUCGUCUGCUCCGUCACUCAUCCCACAGAGAACAUAAAGCCCGUCUCCGCCUAGCGCAACAGUAGAACCAUCUUAUACAUAGACAACUCGAGCGUAUAUCCUUCGCCUCUACCUAGACGAGCACGAUGUACGCCCUCAAGACCCCUGCGUUCCUGCGCCCUGCCAGCCGGCCGACUUCGCCGGUCCCUGGCCCCACCUCCCGCCCGGAUACGCCAAACGAGCGAGCUCGCCCCAUGUCCAAGCUGUCCCUCUCCAACUUCAAGCGCACUGCUUCCCCGAUGACUCACUCAACGUCGGCGCUCAUACACGAUGGGUCUUACAUGGAGGUUCUCAGUCUCCGGCUCAGUGAGGCCAUAUCGAGGGCUGUAGCCCAACCGCCAGGCCCUGGUGUGCCCUCCGAGCUACUAAGUGGACGUCGGCCAAUCCCUGCAGGACGGGGUCAUGCAUUAGGGGAAUUAAUUGCAUCUGAAAUCAAGCCUACCCGCGAGAAUCCUCACCUUUACCGUGCAGUCAUCCGCACAUUGCAUCGCCCCCUCUCGGUUCUCGUCACCAAUCUCUCUGGCCAGCUCCUUCCCCUGAUCGCCUCACCAGCCUUUGCAAGCGUUCCGUCGCCGCAGUCGCCCAACCUGAAUCCCACCCAGCACCACGCGCUCGCAAUCGCAACCUUUGCGGGCGAGUUACUUGAAACCUUCGACGGAUUGGGGUUGGGUCGGGAUGCUGAGAUGCGUGGUGAUGGUUUGAAGGGCAUCCGAGACAGCCUUGUCACUACCAUCAAGCGUGUCGUCGAACCGCUGGUCGCCGGCAUCAAGAACGAUUUGAUGCCUCGCAUCGAAGAACUCGAACAGCAUCCGCCGCCCGCUGUCAGGGGACCGGGCGCCACGAAGACUGCGACAGUGCACCCUACCAUCGCGUAUUUGCAGAAUGUGAUGCCUGUGUAUGCGCGUGUCCUCGGUCGCUACAUCACGUCUUCGGUUGCUGAGGACUUCCUCGCCUCUUUCACGAUCACGCUUGUUUGGCGCGGCCUUGUUGCGUUGUCCAACCGCCCUUCGCCUGCUGCUUCGACGACACCACCUGGCUCUCCGCCAAUGGGUGCUCCAAAGGCAAUCAAAGACAAUAAGCGUCGCGGAUCGACCUCGACGCCACCGACCACUCCUCCUCCCAGCAGAUUCACGCUGAAGCUUCCACCUUCUCGGCCUCCUUCGCCUCUCUCUAAUAACAAGGUGCCCGGCGUUGUUACCGAUGCGAGGGCGCUCUAUGACCUCUUCAGCCCAAUUCCAAGGCCCAGUAAGGAGCUUGCACGCGAGGCGGUCCAGGACGCCUUCGACUCUUUGAGCGCACUCGUUGCCCUACUCGAGUUCACCUACUUUCACAAGGUCGAUGCAGGCAACCUCGCGUCGUUCGAAGCUGAACUCGACGCGCUCACCGACGACCUUUCUGUGCUCAUUGCGCUCCCCAUCCUGCUCAGGGCGUACGUCUUCCCUCCAGCAUCCGACCGUACCAUCUCCCGCAUGCUCGGUAUAUCUGAGGCCGCAUACCGUACUAGUUGGCUGUCAGGCUUUGCGCGCGCGGAGGAGUGUGUGCCGGCGGUCGGCCAACGCGUACUGAACAUCCUGCGCACGAUGGACGGCUGCGAGCCGGGCAAGGAGGUUGUCAUGCGGUGGCUGCAGCGGGAGGUCAUCGAGGCAACAGCUGAGCAACAUUGACUAUUUGCAGGUCACUGCGCCGCCUCUGAGCUCACCCUUUUACAACGUAACGGCGGGUCGCACAUCUCGACUUGCUGUCGCUCUUCCGCUUCAACGGCAUGCAACAUGUCUGUUAAGCUCUGUUCUGUUGCUUAUUUUUCUUCUCUGAAGGACGGACUAAUCUCGUUAAUGUAUUCCAUUGCCCCCACAAUUAUCUUAUUCGUAAUUCACUACCAUCAUUGCAGUGAUCUCGUCUCGGGCUGUUCUGGUCGGAUUUCACCGGUGUUUCGUGUAGACUGCAUCAUGUCAUACGAUACCAUACUUAAAUUAAUUGUUCCGUCUCA